AUGAAAAUUAAAGUACUCAUCAUUGGAGCCAUUUUGGCUUUCUUAAUAAAAGUUGUGAUUGGAUUCUUCGAUUUCUUCAAGAGUGUCCCCUUUGUCAAUACAUAUUCGAAUUGUGAAUACUUGAAUACAGACAUUGUUGGUCCAGAGGAUUUGCAAAAAUACAACUAGACAACAAUAAUUGUGGGAUCUGGAGACUUCCAUAAGUUAUGGUCGCAUGGAACACCCACUUUAGAGUAGCUAGGACUUUAUGCAAUCGUUAAUACUCAAGAUGAGAAACCAAAAGUAGUGAAAUUAGGAAUUUAGAAUUUUCCAAACGACAUUUCACUCUAUGUGCAUGGACUGUAUAUUAGAAAACAAGAAGAUGGGGAAUACAUCUACACUGUAAAUCAUGCAUAUUAACAUGGUGGAGAAAGAAUAGAAGUCUUCAAGAUCAAGGAUGAGCAUCUUAAUUUGGAAUAUCAACAUUCUAUAAUUAUGGAUGAAAACUAUAAUGGAGUUUUGAACGAUCUAAUAGUCAUUGAAGACAAUAGAUUUUUAGUUACGAAGUAUUUGCCUUAUGCAGAUCCUAAGGAAGGAAGAUCUGUAAUGACCCCUUCUCAUUUUAUUAAGACUUUAUUUAUUUGGAUAACUCAAUAAAAAACUUCAUAUAUAAUUGAUUGCAGAUUUCAAAAGGAUGCCACUAUAGUUUAACCAACAUGCCAAUAGUUGCUUGAUUCUUCUCUUACAGGAGUAGUUUUAAAUGGGAUCACUUGGAAUUAAAAAAACUUAGUUUGGGCUGCCGACAGCAUAGGCAGAUAAUUGAAUGAAUAUGAACUUACAAAUCAAGGAUUAAUAUUCAAAAGAUACAUUGAUGUCUAGAAUUCAAUAGAUAACUUAGAAUAUGAUUCUGAGAGAAACUCUUUGAUUCUUGGACUUAUACCAAAGAUGAGUAAUUAUUUUUCUUUAGAUGGGUUCUUGAAAGGAUUAACUAGAUUGGAUAGAUAAUCUAAAUAUGAUUAUUAUGGAACAGUAGGAGAAUAUGACUUAUCAUCAAAUAAAUUAAGUAUUCUGGCUUAAAAUACAUAAUUAUCCAAAGGAUUAUCAGGAGCAGUUAUUAGUGGUGAUAAUUUAUUUGUUGGAAGUUGGUGUGAUAUCACAGUCGUCAUAUGCAAGAAAUAGUGA